CGGAGCGCGCGGACUCGUCCCGGAGCCCCGGCCUGAGCGGAGCGCGGCGGCGGCGGAGCGCGGACCCCUGAGCGGGCCUCCCUGCGCCCUGGCGGCGGAGUCCCGGUGGGGGGUCUGUGCCCGGUCACCAUGACGACGCCGGCGAAUGCCCAGAAUGCCAGCAAAACGUGGGAACUCAGUCUGUAUGAGCUGCACCGGACCCCGCAGGAAGCCAUCAUGGAUGGUACGGAGAUAGCAGUUUCCCCUCGAUCGCUGCAUUCAGAACUCAUGUGCCCCAUCUGCCUGGACAUGCUGAAGAACACGAUGACCACCAAGGAGUGCCUCCACCGCUUCUGCUCUGACUGCAUUGUCACAGCUCUGCGCAGCGGGAACAAGGAGUGCCCUACCUGCCGGAAAAAACUGGUGUCUAAGCGGUCCCUCCGGCCAGACCCCAACUUCGAUGCCCUGAUCUCCAAGAUCUAUCCCAGCCGGGAGGAGUACGAGGCCCACCAAGACCGAGUGCUCAUCCGCCUCAGCCGCCUGCACAACCAGCAGGCACUGAGCUCCAGCAUCGAGGAGGGGCUGCGGAUGCAGGCCAUGCACAGGGCCCAGCGAGUGAGGCGGCCGAUGCCCGGGUCAGAUCAGACCACAACGAUGAGUGGGGGAGAAGGAGAGGCCGGGGAGGGCGAGGGGGAUGGAGAGGAUGUCAGCUCGGACUCCGCCCCUGACUCGGCCCCUGGCCCUGCUCCUAAGCGGCCCCGUGGAGGGGGCGCAGGGGGCAGCAGUGUGGGGACAGGGGGAGGUGGUACUGGCGGGGUGGGUGGGGGCGCCGGUUCUGAAGACUCUGGUGACCGGGGAGGCACUGUGGGAGGGGGAACCCUGGGCCCCCCAAGCCCCCCAGGGGCCCCCAGCCCCCCGGAGCCAGGCGGAGAAAUUGAGCUGGUGUUCCGGCCCCACCCCCUGCUCGUGGAGAAGGGAGAAUACUGCCAGACUAGGUAUGUGAAGACCACUGGAAAUGCCACCGUCGACCACCUCUCCAAGUACUUGGCCCUGCGCAUCGCCCUUGAGCGGAGGCAACAGCAAGAGGCGGGCGAGCCAGGAGGGCCUGGCGGGGCCUCUGACACUGGGGGGCCUGAUGUGGGCGGGGGGGAGGCCGGGGGCGGCCUGGAGGAGCCUGCUCUGCCCAGCCUGGAGGGCGUCAGCGAGAAGCAGUACACCAUCUACAUCGCCCCCGGAGGUGGAGCAUUCACGACGCUGAAUGGCUCGCUGACCCUGGAGCUGGUGAAUGAGAAGUUCUGGAAGGUGUCCCGGCCACUCGAGCUCUGCUACGCCCCCACCAAGGAUCCAAAGUAACCCCACAGGGGACAGCCUGACGACGGGGACAGUGGGGUGUCCCUGUGCCCCAGCCCACCACCCCAGCUCCUUCAUCUCCUGGUGCCCCCAGCCCAGCCAGCAAGAGGACACAGUUGAGGACGAGUGGCUUUUAUACAAAGUGUCUAUAUCAGAUUCUUCUAUAUUGUACAGCGCGGGGCAUGCGCCCCCACCCACCGCCUUUUCUAUUGCCUCCCAACCGCCUAGCCAAGGUGAUGAGGAAGGGGAAGAAGCCUCUCCUCAUGCCUUCCAGCAACAACAAACUCGCUUCUUUUCCUCUUUGAA